UGUCUUUGUAAUUCUGUGGGGGAUGACCAUAAUUUGGUGCUGGCAAAGCGCUACCGCGGCGCCGGCCUGUAGCCAAGCGCGGGUCCAAAGAGGCGCUUCGACGCACUGAAUCCACUGCAGGAUGCUUGCUGUCGGCCCCCAAAAAUUCUCAAAAAUUCGGCCCAAGCCGCUCCGCGGCAUUGAAGAGAGAAGACGUUAUACUCACGCGAUAACAGAACCAGAGAGAAUACAUACUUCUCAUGCCAUAGCAAAGCCACCCUCAUUCAUUGGCACAUUGAAACAGCUGAUCUGCUCCACGGCGAUGAGCAAAACCAGCGCGACGGCCAAACCCCCAAGCGACAUUGACUGAAGCCUUGGGAAAUAGCCAGCACGAGGGACGACCUGCGGACAAAACUAAUUCACGCCGCUCCACGGCAAAUCCAAUCUACACAAUAGAACUCAGUGUGUAAAUCGCCCACAAAAAAUAGGAAUGGAGUCCGGAAUCUGAAAUCUGUUACGUACCCAACCAUUUCUACAACUGUUGCCAUUCUACUCAGGACCACUCAAUGCUGACUGGCAGUCUGACGGACCCGCAGCGCGCAAGAAAAGCAGCCAGCAGCGAUUUCAGAAGAGCGCAGCAAGAAGAAGAACGGCAACCACUCAAAAUGGAAACGCAGGGGCGUUGGAAGAAACGCGCCCAAAAAGUGAACACAAAAAGGCGCGGCGGCGAGGGCUAAAACAAAACAUCCGUUUAAUUCGGCAACGAGCUGCGCUGAGCGGGGCAAAUGCAUGACGUGCAUAACGGGGGUGGAGACUCAUCCAGCAGUGGGGACAGAAGGGCGCGGCAGCGAACCCAAAGUGAGGCACCCAAAAGUGGAAUCAAAAGGUCGCGGUCGCGAGAAUAAGCAGGAGCGGACGCAGGAGGGCUCGGUAGAAAAAGCUGCCAAAAAAUGGUUACAAAACAGCGCGGCAGCGAACGCAAUGAGACCUCCCCAAGAAGUGGAGACAAAAAGGGCGCGGCACCGGCAGAGAACCAGAGCACCCAAAAGGGGAGACAACCAAUGAAUUGCGAGCUAGGGUUUGGCAGGGACGUUGAGGUGCACAAGUGCUGCGCUGGCAUGCGUAAACUAUACAACAUUCACCCAAACUCGUUGCUUAAGACGUUGCCAGCACGGCACCUCCCCUCUGGAAAAAGCCAUAUCGAUACCGCUCCACGGCAACAAAAACUGAAGUUCUACUCUGCGAGAAGCCGCUACGAACAGUCUUCAAACGCUGCGCCACCGCACUCCCCACUCCACAAUAGUGCCUACAACCACUUCCACGCGCCUCGAGUGUCGGGGCCCGUCGCCGCUGCAGAGUUGAUGCCGCCGUCGAUGCCGAUCACGGGCGCUGCGGCGGCGCGCGGCAAUGCGGCAGCUCCUUUCGUUGGGCGAAUGACACUGGAGCGGUAAUAGCCGCCGCAACUGGUGUCGUCGCCCAUGACGGCCGAGCUGGGCACUCCCGCGGGCAUCGACUCCGGUUGCGUGGCCGCAGGCUUCACGGCGGCCGGCGCGCGGGUGCCACCAGAGCAGUAGUAGCCGCCACAGGAGCGGUCGUCGCCCAGCACCGCCGCACUGGACACCCCCCCAGGCACGGACGCCAGUGGCGUGGCCGCAAGCGCCGCGGGGUCUUGCGCGCGGUGGCCACCGGACCGGUAGUAGCCGCCGCAGCUGGUGUCAUCGCCCAUCACGGCCGAGCUGGGCAAGCCCCUGGGCACGGACGCCGGUGGCGGGGCUGCAGCCUUCGCGGCGGCCAGCGCGCGAACCCCACCAGAGCGGUAGUGGCCGCCACAGGAGCAGUCGUCGCCCAGCACGGCGGAGCUUGGCACACCCCUGGUGAGACUUGUGGCAGGUGACAAAGAGCGGUCGCCAUCACUGGCAAUGGUGGACCCUUUGCUGACCUGUCGAACCCGCUUCCUCAUUGCCUCGGGCUCGCUGAUCGUGGGCUCUGUCUUCUCGAUCGAUUCCUGCCUCCACAUAGCCUGGACAGAGGCCAUUGCGACCGUCCUAGAUGCUCGACGUGGAGUAGCGGCAAAGCGACUGAAAACCAACAAAUGUGAAACCAAAAAACUUGAGCCAAAGAUGGCUACGGAAAUGCUGUUGGGACUGUCUUGGGCCGUCUCGGGGCCCUCUGAAGCGCUCUUUGGGCUGACU